UUGUCAUUUUUUUAACUACAAUUACGAGGUUACUGUGGAAUUGUGAAUAAUAUUAAACAUAAAAACAGUUGAAUAUAGCACCCUAACUAUUAAAUUUUACUAAAAUGACUGUGCAAAGAAAAUCUGUCAAAAAUAAUCAGUUAAAAAAAGAACUUUCUAUGGAAUUAAGUUUUUUGAAAAACGUAUUUUCAGUUUUGACUAUUCCAUUGCAAAAAAAAGACGAUGACGAUUGUCAAAUGGAUAUUGAAAUAACUAAUGAAUCUAAGAAUCAAGAUGAAAAACAGGUUACUGAAAGAGCUCGCAAUAUUAUGGAGCUCGAAAAAAAAUUGGAAAAAAUUAAAUCUCAAAACAAUUUCAAUCUUAAAAAUAAAUUAGUAAAGAAGAGUCUUAGCAGUAAGCUAAAUAAGAAAAUUAAAAAGAGAGAAAGAGUGAAAUUAAAUCCAAAUAAAGUAAAAGCUGCUGCUAAAAAUAUGGAAGAAAAAGAAACUAAAGUCAAAUGUAAUGUAAAUGCUGCUAAACCUAUCUUUAACAAUGAAGGGAAAUUGGUUUUUUCAAAGUUUGACUUUGCUAAGCUAGGAGAAAAAGAAAGAGGUAAUAAAUCGAAAAAGGAUCCUAAGAAACUUUUAGAUGAUUUGAAACAGCAAGAAGACAAGUUACAAAAAUUGUCUGAAAUAGAUAGCAACAAAGCCAAAGAGCUAAAAGAAAAAGCAGCUUGGAAAAAUAUCCUUCAAAAGGCUGAGGGUGAAAAAGUCAAAGAUGAUCCAAUAUUGUUAAAAAAAUCUAUCAAGAAAAUGGAACAAAGAAAGAAAGUGAGUAAAAAGAAAUGGGAAGGCAGAAUUCAGAACGUUGAAAAGAAAAAAGAAGACAGGCAGCAGAAACGAAAGGAAAAUAUUUCGAAGAAGAAGAAGGAGAAGAAGUCGAAAAUUGUGAAAGCUGCUGUCAAACGUGGACGAGUUGUUAUUUAGUUUAACACUUCUAUGGAAACGUUUAAAAUUGACAAAUAUUGUUUUUCAUUGGAUUUAUUCUUAUAUUAUCGAAUGCGCGACUUUGUCGCAUGAUAAGUUGACCUGCUUAAAAAACGAUUUGAUAAGUAUAUUUUAACAGAUUUUUAAUAUUUAUAA